CUCACAUAUUGGGCUAAAGCCCACUUGACCCGCCGCCGGCACUCGUUCCAUUCUCCAAUCCCCUCCCCCGCCGGCGCUCGUUCCCCAAUCCCCUCGCCGCCGGCGCCGCCACACCGUCCCCUCCGCCAUGCUCCGCCUCCGGAGCUGCGUCCUCGCGCACCUGUUCUCCUCUUCCACCACCUCUCACGGCUCCACCUUCCGCCGUCUCCUCUCCGCCACCACCGCCGCGCCCGCCGUUUCCCCACACACCGGAUUCGCCGUCGAGGCGUACCUGGUCGACACCUGCGGUCUCACCCGAGCCCAGGCCCUCAAGGCCUCCGCCAAGCUCUCCCACCUGAGGUCCCCAUCCAAGCCCGACGCCGUCCUCGCCUUCCUCGCCGACCUCGGCAUCCCCAUCUCCGACGUCGCGGCCCUAGUGGCCAGGGACCCCAAGUUCCUCUGCGCCGGCGUGGAGAGAACCCUGUCCCCGAUCGUCGGCGGGCUCACCGGCCUCGGACUCUCGUCGUCUGAGAUCGCGCGACUCGUCCCGCUCGCUGCCAGCAACCACUUCCGCAGCAAAUCCGUCGUCUCCAAGGUGCACUACUACAUCCGCCUCUUGGGCUCCUUCGAGGGAUUCCUCCGGGCGUUCAAAGGAGUGCACGCGAGGUGCUUGCGAUAUUGGCAAGCUAGCCGUCUCUAUGCCAAGGAUGCUCACCGCCAACGUGGAGUGAAUCCGGGCGAUGGUGGCCAGCGCUGAAGCUUUAGGUGUGCCUCGCGGCUCUGGAAUGUUCGGGGAAGCUAUGCGGGAUGUUGCGUUCGUCAGCGAGGAGAAGAUCGCCGCCAAAAUGGAAUACUUGAACAAGACGUUUGGAUGGUCGGAUGCCGAGGUGCGCAUUGCUGUGUCCAAGGGUCCGUUUGUGCUGAGGAGGUCAAAGGACAUGCUGCAGCGCCGGUCCGUGUUCCUCAUCUCUGAGGUGGGGUUGAAACCGUCCUACAUUGCUCGUCAGCCGUCAUUGCUCACCUACAGCCUGGAGGGCCGGCUCAGACCCCGGUACUAUGUUAUGAAGUUCCUCAAGGAAAAUGGAUUGCUCAAGCGCGACUCAAGCUACUGUACAGUUUUU